AUCGAUAAUCGAUAUUAGUUGCCAGCAGUCGUAGUUUGUGUCGGGAAUUGUUUUUAUUUUUAUUAAUUUCAAACGUUUCAAUUGUUAAUUGCUUAAUUGGUGAUUCUCUUCAAAAUUGCAAUAAAAAGAACGACAUAUUCUUCUCGGUUCUCAUAACCGGAACGAUUCCUUGCGCUAACAAAAGCUAAUUAAAUUACACAAAGACAAAGCAUCUUGUCUACGUCAUUUGCUAUUUUCGUACACAUACUCUUCUUCUAUUAUGGAACAACAAAAACAAGAGCUGCCUGUGGUGGCCGCAACUCCCACAGCUCUCGGAGUCGGAGAGGAGCAACUGGACAUUGAUGAUAGCAUGAAACAUUGUUUUGAGAACCUGAUUGUCAUUGACGUAGGAGCGAAUUUGACCAACAAAAAGUAUAGCCGUGAUCUGGAUUCCGUUGUUCAAAGAGCAAGAGACGCAGGUGUUCAGAAACUAAUGGUGCACGGCACUUCGGUCAAAUCGAGCAAGGAAGCGCUGCGCCUUUCGCGCAUAUAUCCCGACAUUAUUUACUCGACUGCUGGCAUACAUCCGCACGACUCGAAGUCAAUUGUGGAGGAGCCGUCCACAUGGUUCGACUUUGAGCACAUUGCACAGGCACAGGAGUGUGUUGCCAUAGGUCCAUGCGGCCUGGACUAUCAGCGCGACUUCUCAGAGCCGGAUGUGCAAAAACAGAUUUUUGCCAAGCAAUUGCAUUUGGCAAUCCGUCUGAAUAAACCUCUGCUAAUUCACGAGCGAUCGGCUCAGAACGAUGUACUCGAAAUACUCGACAAAUUCGAGAAUCUACCGCCUGUGAUUAUCAGAGGUUUUAUGGGCACAGCCGAAGAGGCGCUCAAGUACUUGGAUCGCCGAUUCUAUAUCAGUUUAACUGGUUACUUGUGCAAGGACAAAUCAGACACAGGCGUUCGUAGGCUGCUCGAUAAUGGCACGCUACCACUGGACAGGCUGCUGGUUGAAACGGAUGCCCCUUUCAUGUAUCCAAAUACGAGAGCUUCCAAAUUACCGCAGCAUGUGAAGAGUGGCAUUACGGAACGUUCCUUACUGUACUUACACAGAUAUUGCACAUUUCAACGUAAUGAGCCGUGCAGCUUACCUGCAAUUGUGGAAAUGAUUGCCGCAUUCAUGAAGAAAACGCCUGAUGAAGUCGCCUUGGCCACGGCCUUCAACGCCUUGAAGCUUUUCGGCUUGUCUUAAUGGUGCCGUAAUAUAAUUGAAUCGAGCCUGAGACUCACACCAUGUGCCUUAACUACUAAUCGAAUUCAGGAUGUGCUUACCCUGACCUUAACACAUAUAUACAUCAAACAUCAUACAAACAAAAGCGAACUAAAACCAUACUCCACACAAAAACAACGACGCAUUCGAAUGCGAUUUGCAAGAUACGUAUACAUGUAUACAUAAUAUACUCCUCCCUCCUAUAUUAGUAGUGCGAAUUUCGAUUAAAGUUCGCAAGUAUAGCUUUAAGAUGUUGCUCUUUCAUAAACAAAUGCUUUGUUUAUUAGUACUCGCUGGAAAACGGUGCCAAGGUGGUGCCAAGUGAACGGUGAAGCCCGAGUAAUUUGCACUGGUUCAUUGUUUCACACAUCGAAAUCGAAGUGCGCGCUUCGAGGCGCUUUUAUCAGCGUCAAAUGUUAAACGCUGCAGCUUAUAUAUAUUUUUUUAUUUCAAUAUAGUUUAAGGUUUAAUUAAGUUUCACCCUUUUGUAAGCCAACCAGGCCAUUAAGUUUCGUUUAGGAAAUAGCAUAUGUUUUGUAAAUAUUUAUUUUUGUUGUUGCGAUUCGAGGAGAUUGAUGUCAGAUGCUGAUGAUUUGGUAAACGUGAUGUGAUCAUUUUACGAGCUACAUAUAUAUUUAAAUAAUAUUCAACAAACACAUUGAGUUAGCGCUAUGAAAAUAGACUUACACACAUGCCCAUACACUACACACUAUAUAUUUUGUUAUAUUUACAUAUUACAUAUACCACAUACAUAUUUAUAUAUAUACACAUACGAUGUUGUAUACGUUGUAUUGAACUGAUCAACUAAUGGAGGUGCAUGAAAACAGCUUUGUGCUCUUUGUCCGCACACACAUAAACUAUUUUCCAUUUGAAUAAAGAUAAAACGAAUUUAAAAA